GAUGCUUUGCACUCUAGUAUCUGAUUGGACGAGCUUGUCCUAUUAGGCGGGAUCAAAAACGCGUUCUGCGUCAGUAUGACGUGUAACAAUGCGGAAAUAAAAAUAAACCAACAUGGACAGCAGCGAGAAAGGGAACCUGUCUGAGGUGAAGCACGUGGUUCUGGUUCUGUCUGGUAAAGGUGGAGUGGGGAAAAGCACCAUCACCACUGAACUCGCCCUAGCGCUCACACAUGCAGGCAAGAAGGUGGGAAUCCUGGAUGUGGAUCUGUGUGGGCCCAGUAUCCCGCGGAUGCUGAGCGUGGGGAAGCCGGAGGUGCAUCAGUGUGACUCGGGCUGGGUUCCCGUGUACGCAGACCCUCAGCAGAAGCUCGCGCUCAUGUCCAUCGGCUUCCUGCUGGAGGACUCGGAUGAGGCCGUCGUGUGGAGGGGGCCCAAAAAAACAGCUCUGAUUGGGCAGUUUGUCAGUGAUGUGGCAUGGGGCGAACUGGACGUUCUGCUAGUGGACACGCCACCGGGGACGUCAGACGAACACCUGGCCGUGGUCGAGAACCUGCGCAAACAUAAAGUGGACGGAGCCGUGCUGGUCACUACACCGCAGGCAGUGUCUACAGGAGACGUGAGGCGCGAGAUCACCUUCUGUAAGAAGACCGGUGUGAAAAUCCUGGGCAUUGUGGAGAACAUGAGCGGCUAUGUGUGUCCACACUGUUCUGAGUGCAGUAACAUUUUUUCUAAAGGUGGAGGUGAGGAAUUAGCCAAGCUCACAGGAUCUGUGUUUCUAGGCUCAGUCCCGCUGGAUCCUCUCCUGACAGCGCGUUUAGAUGAGGGACGGGAUCUCCUGCAGGUGUUUCCAGAGAGCAGCACAUACACAGCCAUCAGUGAUAUAGCAAACACUCUCCUCAGCAGCCUGGAUGCCUGAAACACACCAACACGGACUGAGAGAGGACGCGUCACAUUCAUGUUACAUGUGAUGUCAUUUGUUAAGAGAGAAUUUAUCUGUAAAUGUGUUUUUUCCCAUUAAAUCUGGAGAUAUAUGUUAUUGGGAAUGCAGUGUUUUUCAUACUGGUGCAACUUUCAAUAAAA